GUGUACGACUUCCCUUUGGACGGCUUCCAGAAGGAGGCCACCGCGGCGCUGGUUCGGGGCGACAGCGUGGUGGUAUCUGCCCCCACGGGCAGCGGCAAGACCCUCGUGGGCGAGACCGCCAUCAUGACCGCGUUAGCGCGAGGACAGAAGGCCAUAUACACAACCCCGCUCAAGGCUCUGUCCAACCAGAAGCUGAGGGAGUUCCAGGCGCUGUUCGGGGUGCGAAGGGUCGGGCUGAAGACGGGAGACGUGGACAUCAACACCGCGGAUGCCGACGUCGUCGUGAUGACGACUGAGAUCCUGCGCAACAUGCUCUACCCGCAGGCCACGGGGGAUGAAGGAACGGACCCGACGAGCGCGGGUGCAACGAUAGGAGAGUUUGGGGGUGUCAGUGACGGUAGGCUGGACGACGUCGGGGUGGUGGUUCUGGACGAGGUGCACUACCUAUCCGACGCGAGCAGGGGGACGGUGUGGGAGGAGACCAUCAUCUACUGCCCACCCCGAGUGCAGCUGCUGUGCUUGUCUGCGACGGUGGGAAAUCCUGACGAUCUGGCUGGGUGGAUCGAGGAGGUUCAUUGCGCUGGAGCAUCCAGUCAGAGGUGCCAGACGAUAGUGUCCGACUACAGGCCCGUGCCGCUGAACUGGCACUUUAGCAUGAGGCCCGGGAGGAUGUGGCCAGGGCUCGGCCCCCUGUUGAACCGCAACGGCACCAAGCUGAACUACGAGCUGUUCCCGUUCACCAAGGAGGGUGCCAGAGAGUGGGCAGCAGCGAACGGGGGCGCAGGGCUCGUGCCCCACGUCGAGACAACCGUGGGUCAGCUCGUCGCCGCGUCCAUGCUCCCGGCGGUGUGGUUCAUAUUCAGUAGGAAAGGGUGCGACCAAGCCGCGUUUUAUCUCGCCGAUUGCGGCGCCAAGCUGGUGACGCCGAAGGAGGAGGCACAAAUUGCGGCAGCACUGGAAGAGUUUGAGAAAUCCAACCCGGAUGCGAUGCGACCCGAGGCAGUGAUUCCGCUCCUGAUGGGCAUUGCUUCCCACCACGCGGGUCUGCUGCCGGGAUGGAAGGGCCUGGUGGAGAACCUGUUCCAGCGCGGUCUGCUCAAGGUUGUGUUCGCCACGGAGACGCUCGCGGCUGGCGUGAACAUGCCUGCAAGGUGCUCAGUGUUAUCGGCGCUGAGCAAGCGCGGCGAUGAGGGUCCGAGGAUGCUCACCUCCAAUGAGUUCAUGCAGAUGUGCGGCAGGGCUGGUCGACGCGGGUACGAUACCGUCGGUCACGUCGUAUGCUGCCAGUCUCCCUUCGAGGGAUGCGAGGAGGCGUUCGGGCUUGUCACCGCGCCGCCGGAGAACCUCAAGUCUCAGUUUUCCAUCUCCUACGGGAUGGUGCUGAACCUGCUCAGAGCCGGUCGACCCCUGUCUUCUGUGCGAUCCAUUGUGGAACGAUCGUUCGGAAACUACCUGGGCGGACGGGCGAGGCGGGAGCAGGUGAGAGAGCUGAGGCGGAUCAGGGAGCAGUCAGAUGCGCUUCGCGAACAGAUUGCGACGGGCGACUGUGGCGUCGAGCCGGAGGAGUGGGCGAGAUUCAUCAAGCUGGAUGAGAGGUUGAAAGAGGAGCGUCGGCUGCUGAAGAUCAUCUCGAGGCAAACGGAUGAUGCCAUGGCAGAGAUGGCUCGCGCGAACGUCAGGGACGCUCUCGAGGUACUCGAUACAGUGCCGGUGGCCAGGAGCAAGGUGGAUCUCACCCCGGUGGCGGUGGUAGAGGCGUAUGAUUCCACUGGUGUGGCCUCCGCGAUGUACCCCUUGGGAGAAUUCGUCGGGUUGGCCGCGGACGGAACGUGGUACAGAUUUGACGCAUCCCGGAUCAAGGCGGUGAGCGAGAAUCCCGUGUUGCACGCCGAUCAGGAUGGAGGGGAAUGGACCGCGCCACCGACGCCUACCCCGGGGUCUCUGCGCUGGGUCCGAGCCAGUGGCGGGCUGUGGCGCGCGCAGGGUAAUGAGGAGGCGGUCGAGGCGGCGCAGCAGGUCUCCAUUGCCCUGUCCUCGGAAGCUAUCAACUCAGCGGAUGACUCGGAGGCGGACGCGCUGGCGUUCCUCGACGAGCAGAGGGCCAGGAUUGCCGCUACCAAGGCCGAGCUGCAUGAGAUGAAGAUGUUCUCCGACAUGCGCAGGGCUGUCAAGAAGACCAACCGGAAGCGUGAGAAGCUGAAGAAGCUGGAAGAGCGCGCCAAGAAGGUUGAGCGGAGGCGCAGGCGCAGGGACGCUCGUCGCCUGGCGCGUUGGGAUGUGAAACACGGAGGUUCUGACCGCGCCGAGGAGACACUUCGCCUGACGCCCCUCGGCGAGUGCUGCGCCAAGCUGCGGGGAGAGAAUGAGCUGUGGCUCGGGGUGGCGCUCUCGUCCGAGUGUCUGGAGGGCCUGGAUCCAACGCAAAUUGCGGGGGUGGCUGGCGCGCUGUGCUGCGACAGUAAUCGACCCACGAGCUGCGACUACGACCCAAGCCCGGCGCUUGGGAACGCGCUGGCUGACCUGGAGCCCGAGAUGGCCGAGGUGAUGGCGCUGCAAUUUGAGGCUGCGAUGAGCUCGCCGGUGAACAUGUCGCGCGCGGUUGCAGCACUGGUGGAGUCCUGGGCAUCGGGUGCCACCUGGGACCAGGUGAGGGGCGACACAAACCUGGAGGAGGGCGACAUCGCGAGGGUGUUUCGAAGAACCUCGGAGCUGCUGGCUCAGAUGCCACGCGCCAGGGAGCUGCCGCUUGCCACGAGAAAAGCGGCAGAACAGGCUGCGCAGCUUGUUCUGCGACCCCCGAUAA